UCUUGUCCGCACGCCGCCGAGAGCUUCAUAUUGAGAAUGGGGCAGAAGUGAAGAGACUGUGGGGUGGCGGCCGAUUGAGGGCGUUUUCCGGCGGCUCUUUGGGGUCGGUCGACUCCACGCGACACCACCUAGCUCCGCCGCUGACAAACUCUCCUUCCGUCCAACAAAUGCUCGCUAAGCUCCUCCGGCAACCCAGAGUCGCCGCCGUCAAGCGUUCCCUCUUCUCCACCCUUCAACUUCCACCACCACCUCUUCAAAACUCCGCCCUCAAAUCCCUAGUCCUCUCCCAUUAUCGCCACGGCAAAUUCCACAGCCUCCUCCAAAACGUCGUCGCUUCUCCCUCCCUCCUCCUCACCGCCUGCCACAAUCUCCGCAACCACCAUGCCUCCGACUCGCCGCUCACUCUCGAUUCCCUCUCGACUCACUACUUCUCCCUGCAAGACCUCUCCUCUCAGCUCUCCAACAACUCGCUCGACGUCCAAUCGUGCUGCGUUUCCGUCUCCCCCCAAUCGCGGGAAGGUGAAGCCCUAAUUUUGCCCAAUCUAAAGCUCAAAGUUGUACUCGAAGCUGUUAGGAUUGUACUUGAAGUCAUUUACGAUGACAGGUUCGUCACAUUUUGCUACGGCGGCCGCGCGAAUAUGGGCCGCCACACCGCAAUUAGGUAUUUGAAGAGUUCGGUGGAGAAUCCUAGCUGGUGGUUUACUGUUAAAUUCGAUGAUCAGUUGUUUCAAUCUAGACAUGUUGAUAACCUGUGCUUGAUACUAGGGCAGAAAAUCGAUGAUUGUGAUUUGCUUGAUUUGAUAAGAAGGUUAUUCGAUUGCAGAAUAGUUUCUGUAAAUUUGGGGGGAAUAUGUUCAGGCAGAGGGCUGCCGCAAGAAUGUGCAUUGAGUUCGAUCUUGAUUAAUGUCUACCUCAAUGGAUUUGAUAAGGAAAUUCAAGAAAUACGCCUCAAAACGAAUGAGGAGAAUCCGAGGUUCAAUGAAAACGAGCUUGCUGGCUCUGACUCGAUUUUUCAUAAGCCGUUGAAGGUUUUUGCUGUCCGGUAUUUAGAUGAGAUAUUGAUAAUAACAAAUGGUAGUAAGAUGAUGACGAUGGAUUUGAAGAAGAGGGUUGUAAGGUUUCUAGAUGAGGAGUUGGAUUUGAAGGUGGAUAGACAGGUAACCGUUAUUCACAGUGCGGUUUCUGAAAAGAUUGAGUUCAUGGGGAUGGAGCUUCAGGCCGUUGCGCCUUCAGUCAUCCGACCAAGAAAGUCACAGAAGGCGAUUAGGGCGCAUAAGAAGCAUCUAAGGCAGAAGCAAGUCAGGCUAAUGGAGUUGAAAAAUGCAAGAGAGAGGACUAGGAAGAAGCUGGGGAUGAAGUUAUUGAGCCAUGUGUUUAAGAAGUUGAAGCAAAGCAAUGGAUUCAAAUUUGAUUUCCAGAUAGAGGAUGAAGUGAGGCAGAUUUUCAGCACUUGGGCUGAUGAAGUGGUGCAGGAGUAUUCGACAUCUGUGGAUGAGAGAUGGGAAUGGCAUCGGAUGCUAUCAGCCGGGGACUUCCUCUCCUUGAGGAGGAUUAGGGAUCAGCUGCCACAUGAGCUUGUUGAUGCGUAUGAUAACUUCCAACUGCAAGUGGACAAGCAUUUGAAGCCGGUGAAAGCCAAGAGGGAAUUGGAGGAAGAAGUGAGAAGGCGAGAGGAAGAAGAGGAAGAGAGUUAUGCUCGAAGAACAGUUGAGGAUUUGACGAGGCGGUGCAUCAAAGUUGAGGCACCCAUUGAACUUCUAAAGAAGGCAGUCAAGAUGGUAGGGUUUACAAACCAAAUGGGUCGGCCAAGGCCUCUCAGUUUGCUCACGGUUCUUGAAGAUAUCGACAUUAUCAAGUGGUACGCUGGGGUGGGCAGAAGAUGGCUGGAUUUCUACUGCUGCUGUCACAACUUCAAGAAAGUUAAGAUUAUCAUAAGCUAUCAUCUUAGAUUCUCUUGCAUCCUAACUUUAGCAGAGAAGCACGAAGCCACCAAGCGCGCAGCUAUGGGCCAUUUCACCAAGGAUUUGAAGGUAUCCUAUGCUGAUGGAACUGAACAAGUGUACUUUCCUUCAGAAAGGGAGAUCAUAAUGAUGGGAGAUAGAAAUCUCUCUGAUCCUAAGCCUGUAGACGACGCUCUGACAAUGGCGUUGAUCAGGUUGGCCUCGUAUGAGCCUCAUCACCGAUGCACUGCUCACUUCUGCAGCAGAUCAGACACGGCGUUUUACAGGAUUCAUCUACUGCAGAACCAUCUCGAUGUGGAUCCAUUAGAUGAGAAAUCUUGGGUUCGUGGAAUGGGCGCGAUCCAUGACUGUCUAGAGAGGAAAUGUGCUCCUCUGUGUGAUCACCACAUUAGUGAAUUAUACAUGGGAAGAUUGACUCUGCAAGAUCUUGAUUGCACUGCUUUUGUAGAUGUAGACUGAUUGUACAGUUCAGACUUAAAACGAGCAUUUUGCACUGCCGAGAUAAUAGCAAAAGGCUGUGGGGUAAUUGAGGUUGCUAAAGAAGCGGACUUAAGGGAGAUACAUCCUGGAGACGUUCAAGGUGUUGUCUUUCAUGAAGCUCAGAGAGUCAAACCUGAAGCACAUAUAGCAUUUGUUUCUUCCCAUGAAGAUCAAGAAAUUCUAGAGGUAUGAGCCUAUAGAACAGAUCCUGUUCAAGUAAGUUUAUUGUUGUUUCCAUAUUGUGGGGGCUGAGGAAGAAUCCGAUGAGGGUGAAUACACGAACUGGCACUCGAGUUUCUUUAUCCGGUGGUUCUUGAACGCUGCAUUCUGCAUCCGAGGCUUCGCAGGAUGCUCAGCAAAAAUUAAGUAAAUAAGAUUUAAAAAAAGAAGAGAAGUCUGUCAGACAGCUAACCAGCCAUCCCAGAUGGAAAUGGAGUCCAUCCAAGAACGUUCAUCUACUGCACAGUGUCCAGCUGUUAAUCACGCUCAGGCUGGGCAGCCAUGGCUCAUGGUCCAAGCAUGGUUUCCUGUCUCCUUAGAAAUCAAGGAUACAGAAGUACGAGCCUAUAGAACAGAUCAUGUUCAAGUAAGGUCGUGAUAGCUAUGCUUUACUACCUCUUUAAAAUAUGUGGUCUAGUUUAUAAAAAUCCGAUGUGGGAUGAAUAUUUGUUCUAAAUAGUUUCAUUGUGUUAAA